CAUGUUGUGUGGAACUUGUGCGAAAAAAAUUUUUAAAUAUUUGUUUUUACGGGAAAAACUCAUUUUUGGGACUCCAAAAGUUGCCGGGAAUGCUCAGGGGGGCCCCAAGUAUUUUCUGUAAAAAUUUGGGGGCGCAACUCGCCUGAUUUUUUUCCGGACUUUGCACGACACUUUUUGGCAAAAAUUUUGAAUGUUUUAAACUGGCGAUGCCAAACGACGCGGCGUUUCUUCCUGAUCACAAAAAAUGUAAUUUCGCUGGGAAAUUCGGCGGAAAACGCGAGAAAAUUGAAAGAAACCUUUCGUGGGAGUGAGAUAGUAUCAGUGACGUGCACCAUCUCUUUUUCUCUUCAACAAAAUGAUCAAAAAAUAGUAGUGGUGGCUUUUUGAACUAUAUUUAGAGCGCCAAAUUCAAAAAGUGGUAAAAUAAAGCAUUAAAAUUAUUUAGGGGCGCUAUGAAAGGGGACCCUGGGGGAAAAUAAAUAUCGUUGAUAAAAACCGCAUGGUAUCAGUAGUCUCUGUACCAAAAUUCAUCGCGAUCGGACCAACGGUGUAGAGAUGCAUAGACGCGAAAACCUUUCUUUAUUAUAUAGAUAUAGAAGAUAAUGCAGUGGUGUUGUCAUUUUGCUCCAGAAAAAUAAACACGAUAUUUGCAAUUUUCUUUUAAAAAAAAUCUCCAAGAAACUGUGAAAGAAACCAACCGAUUCUCAUAAGAGUUCUGUGAUGAUGGACUACUUCCUGUAAAGGGGCAGAAUCGGGUGAGAUCACGAAAGUUCUCACCAAAGCACCAUCCGCCCCUAGACAUUCCAUUCAGAAUCGCUAUUGAGUUAUUUCAGAAGCUAUGAGUCCUCCCGGGUCACCCAAGAGACAAAGGUUAGCAGGACCAGAAAAUGAUAGCGUCAACGUUGGUGCAAGUACAAGUCAACAGCGUCCGGAAGGCGUUGAAGGGUCAAGGAGCAGUGAAGAAGAAUCUCUUGACCAGAAUCUCUCCGACAGCACAAGUUCAAGUGGUAUCAGUAGCAUUGUCAGUUUUGCCCCAGACCCUAAGGAAGUUGUAGAAGAAGAAUGUGCCGUAGAUGCCGAUGUUUUGGCGACGUUUCGACAGCAGAAAGUCACAAAAUGCAUUCUUGAAAAUGCUGUAAAUCGCAUCGUAGAGUCGUAUCAGUUCUUAGUGCAUCCUGAGGACCUACAACCAUCGCCUCAUGAGAACGAUGGCUUGGAGGAUGCUGCAAUUCUGAUGGCCAUUCGUGAACACGGACUAUCUGCUUCGGGUGUGGCGGAAACAAGCAAAACAAUUCCAGCUCCACAUGCUAAUCCUACCACUGUGGCAGAAAAGGAGCAUCUGGACUUUAUGGAGGCCGCCGUGGCAGUGGCAAUCCAGAAAAAAGGGCUAACACCCCUUUCGCUGCCCUUGUCACCCCACAGAUAGAGUCACCCGUUGGGCUAAGGGCACCCAGCCAAUAAAACUCAGUUCCUAAAAAUCGCCAAGGCGAUGUCUACUCAUCUCCCCCGCAUCUCCAAUUUCUGUAACACUGUCUUGAAUGCUAUUCCUUACUAAUAAUAUAAUAGUAUGUGUUCCGAGAAAUGAAA